AUGGGCGAUUGUAUUGCAGCUCGCGCCAAGCGGUCGCCGGUGAGCGCGGCGGUGCCGCCCAGCCCCGAGCGCGCGGCCGGUCGCUCCCGGUCCCGCCCCGGAGUGUCGCAAUCGCAGCCCACAUCUCGGUCAUCAUCUCCAUCAUCGCGUAGCGGGCCGAUGUCGCUGUCUAGUGCGAGGCGACGUCCUUCUGGUAUACCUCGAUCUCUAGCCGGCUCGAGGGAGACCAGUCCUACUAGGACCGGACGAUCAAGUAGUGUGGCGGGAGCAGUGAGUGUGCGACGUCGGGAGUCCAUGGAGAGGCCUCAGCGAGCCCCAGCUGCCACCUUGCGUCUCUUACAGCAGACCAGAGACGCUGAGGCAACACUCAGAAGCCCAGAAGAUAGCUCUGCAUGCGAGGGGAGACGAGACGACGACUCUGAAGCUUCAAGCGUCUGCUCGGAAAGGAGUCUCGACUCGUAUCGACGACAUGAUAGCGUGUCGUGGUCGGGAUCCGGGUCGCGCCUCGGCUGGGAGAGCUCGCCGCCGCCGCCGCCACCGCCCGACGAUAUUAUCGCGCUGUGCGCCUGCACGCACUGGACAGAGAGGAAGGAUGGCCUCACCCAUUUGGCCAACUACCUGAACAGCGGCCGUCUCCUCACGGAAGACCAGCUGCGGCGGCUAACGGAACUCCUCAACAAGAUGUUCGUGGACGCACACACCAAGGUGUUCUCCCUGCUCCUGGACGCUGUGUGCGAACUGCUCCUGGUGCACUGGCAUCAGCUACGGGACUGGUUGUACCAGUUGAUGUUCAGAUUACUAAUGAAACUGGGCACUGACAUCCUUGGCUCGGUGCAGAGCAAGAUAAUGAAGACAUUGGACGUGAUACACGAGUGCUUCCCCGCAGAGUUGCAACUUCAUAAUAUAUUUAGAUUCUUAGCAGACGGUGCGACCGCGCCCACGCCUAAGACGAAGGUGGCGGCGCUUCGCUUCCUAGCCGACCUCGCCCACGACUACUGCACGCCCAACAGUCUCGCCGUCGCCUUGCACGGUGGCGCCACCGGCGUGGCGGGACGCGCUCUGGCCAAGACGUCGCAGCUGGCGGCGGACCCGCGCGCAGCCGACGUGCGCCACGCCGCGCGCCGCGCUCUCGCCUGUCUGUACGACUGCAACCCAGUGCCGUUCACAGCGCUAAUGUCCGAGCUGCCGGCGGAGACUCAGUCGUUGGUCAAUGGCGUCGUGCAGCAACAUGUACGACGCACCUCUAGCACUGGUAGCGACAGCCCACUAAGAACAACUUCUAACUCAAGCAACGCUGAAGACGUCUACUCCCGCAUACGGAAGACCACCAACGAGAUACACACAUACACCGCUCAGCACUCUAACGCAGAAUGCGGCAACCACAUGUCCAGCAAAGACUCGGGGAUAAGUCAGAUGUCUGACGCGACGCUCUCGCGCGGGCAAAAUGGCGCCGGCGUGCCCAACGGUCAUUAUAACACAGACAUGAUAGCUCGUGCCGCGUCCGCCGACAGUUCUGAAGAGGCGAGCAGUACUAAGGAGUCGUCCCCCAUCCCUCACGCUCGACUGGAGUACGGACCACAUGGUGACUACAACUCGGGACACUUGGGGCGUGACAAAGUGAAACCGUACGAGGUGGACGAGAACGGGCUGAUCAUUACCAAGUCUGGUCUCCGAGAGACAGAAGUGCUGGAAGCCCUCAGCAAGCUGGACGUGGCCACAGCAACUCCUGAGCAGACGGAGCGCCUGCUUUUGGCCACACAUGAGGUGCUCAAAUACGGUGACUGUGUGAAGCCACAGGAAUACUUCAAGAACAUCGUCCGAGUGGCAUUAGCGGCAUUAUCUAUAGAUGAGAAUGCAGCGGACAAAGAAAACACUGAAAAUGCAACAAACGCACAACAAUGUUCUGGCUGGGGCACGUCGCACGAGCGCGCGGCGGCGGAGGCUGUGAAGGUGCUCGUGUGGCUGUGCAGGCGCCCGGAGACGCGCGCGCUGUGGCUGGACUACUUCGACCUGAUCCUGCUGAAGCUGGUCAACGCGUACGCGCUCAGCAAGGAGGUGAUGCGCGCCGUGGACGCGGGCAUGCCGCACGUGGCGCGCGCUCUGCCCGCGCACCAGGUGCUAGCACUCCUCAAGCCAGUGAUAAGGACACGCGGCUACCCCACGUCGCUGUGCGCCCUCAAGCUGGCGGCCGAGGUGGCCAAAGCGAGAGCACCGGAGCUGACCGAUGAUAUCGUGGCACAACUCAUGGAGGGGGUCGGCCAGCUGGCGGACCACCAGAACUCGGCGGUGCGCAAGGCGGCCGUGUUCUGCAUGGUGGCGUUCACGUUCGCGCUCGGCGAGGAGCGCAUGAAGCCGCAUCUGAAACAUCUCUCCGUAAGCAAGUUCAGGCUGUUGCAGGUAUACAUAAGCAAGCAACGUGAAGAGGCGGUGAAGGGCACACCGCCCUCG